CAACCGCAAAAUACAUGGAUAGUCCGAGUUACAAAAACAUUUAAGGACCACAUCUACAUAUUAUUAGCCAAACCAUAUGGACCAUUCUUGUAAUUUACCCUUACCAAUAAAAAGCUGUUACACACAUACACAACGCAUAUUCAAAAUAUAUUGAUCAGAUUCGAAGUCUCCCGCCACCUAUCCCCGUCUCGGUCGGCCGUCACAGCCUUCCUGUAAGUUCAGUCGAGCUUUUUUUCUUUAGGCAAAUCCAAGUACUUGCUUUAGCAGCCGCCAAAUUUCCAGUUUUUCUUUUGUAUUAAAUUCAUCAACGUGUGUUUCCUCAAGUCGGAUUGAUGAUUAUUAAUUUCGGGUCUCUACCUUAAUUACCGAAACGAAGACUUUUAUUCGGGCUUCCUAUGGUGGGAAAAAAGGGUUUCGCAGAAAUUAUCGUUAGGUUUUGGAUAUAGAUGUGAUGUGGAGAAGGAAUCAUACAUAGAAUCAGAAGAAAAACUUACAUUUCCAUCAUACUGUAUCUAUGCACUUAUAAAAAAAAAAAAAAAAAAAAAAGUAAUCGUACAUGAAGGAAGGUUUAACACGGGACUUGAAGAUCAAGAAAUUUCAAGCCCUUUUCUCACACUGAGACAGAGACGAAGGAAAAAAUGGCAAUAGAUCCAAUUUCAGUAUCUGAUCCUGCUCCUUCUUGGUUCACUCCCAAAUGGUUGCUUGUGUUUUUCUGUUUGAUCAACAUGAUUAAUUAUAUAGAUCGAGGAGCAAUUUCCACUAAUGGUGUAAAUGGGAGCCCUAGAAGUUGUACAGAGAGUAAUGUGUGUUCAGAUGGUAGUGGAAUUCAGGGUGAAUUUGACCUAAGCAAUUUUAAAGAUGGUAUUCUAUCUUCUGCUUUCCUGGUUGGACUUCUUAUUGCAUCUCCAAUAUUUGCAUCCUUGGCCCAGAGUAUUAAUCCUUUUAGACUUAUUGGAGUUGGAUUGUCGGUGUGGACACUUGCUGUAGUUGGUUGUGGGUUUUCGGUUGAUUUUUGGUCAAUCACUAUCUGUCGAAUGUUGGUUGGUGUUGGUGAAGCUUCUUUUAUAGGUCUUGCAGCUCCAUUCAUUGAUGAAAAUGCUCCAGUAGCUCAGAGAACUGCAUGGCUGGGAAUAUUCUGUAUGUGCCUACCUAUUGGAAUUGCUGUUGGUGAUGUCUAUGGUGGAUUGGUUGGAGAUGGUUUAGGUUGGCGAUAUGCAUUUUUCGGUGAAGCAAUUCUUAUGCUUCCAUUUGCUAUUUUGGGUUUUGUAAUGAAACCUUUGCAAAUGAAAGGCAUGUCUAAUAACAUCAUCCCAGGAUUCUUAAAUGAAGAGCUCUCAAAGAAAGAUUUUUCCAGCUAUGUUUCAUUUACUUCAAAUCUAUUAUCAAGAUUUGGGCAAGAUAUGAAGGCUCUUUUGAGUGAGAAAGUAUAUGUUGUAAAUGUUCUAGGUUACAUAUCGUAUAAUUUCGUCAUUGGUGCAUAUCAAUACUGGAGCCCAAAAGUUAUUUACGGCAUAUAUGAAACGGAGAAUGCUGAUUUAUUAUUUGGAGGAGUCAUAAUUGUUGGUGGAAUUGUGGGGACAAUAGGAGGAAGUGUUCUUUUGGAUCGCAUGAAUUCCACAAUCCCCAAUGCUUUUAAGUUACUUUCUACAGCAGCAUUUUUUGGAGCAAUAUUCUGCUUUAGUGCCUUUUGUUUUAGCAGCCUAUACGUUUUCUUGGCUCUCUUUUUAAUUGGGGUGAUUCUUAUUUUUGCCAUCCAGGGUCCUGUGAAUUUUGUAUGUCUCCAUGCUGUUAAACCAAGUUUACGACCAUUGGCAAUGGCAAUUUCUAGUGUGUCAAUUCGCAUCUUUGGUGACGUGCCCUCCCCGCCACUUUUCGGAAUCCUACAGGACAAAGUUGAUAAUUGGAGAACAUCUGUUUGGAUCUUAAAUUCAAUAUUGUUUUUGGCAGCCGGAAUAUGGUUUAUAGGUAUCUUUCUUCCUAGUGUGGAUAGAUAUGAAGAAGAUAGUGAGCAUUUGGGGACACGUGUUGAGCAGCCAGAUGUGACACCGUUUCUUGAAUCUAAGAUGGCUGAUGGAGAUACUACUUCCGCUGUUUAUAAAGGAAAAGGAAAAACGAAAAGAUUGUUGUAGUUGACAUAUGGUAUAGUAUACUCAUAGUUGUGGUAUACUCAUAGUGUGAUUUACAACUUUGUGUAUUGUAAAAUAUAUAUUUUUUUCUCUGUUUUUUUAUACCAAUAAAAACAAAUAGUAACUUAGUCAUAGACUAAGUAAAUAUGUAUUUAAGAUAUUUAAAAGAUUGACUAAUAUUUAUAGCUCUAAUAAAAUGUGGCUA